AUGGUUAAAGCAUAUCUUAGGUACGUAUUUAAUAAGACCGCUGGUCUCGUAACUGGACAUUCCUCCAAUAUAAUUUAUUAUGAUAACAUGAUCAUUUCUGGUAAUAGUCAGUAUGUUCUAAUCCUUGAUAUAAAGACUGGAGAAGUUGUUCAGACAUUAUAUGAAAAUAAUAAAAAUAGUGAAGUUACUAGUUUAGCUAUUUCAGUUACCAAUGCCACCAAAUAGCACAAUGUUAUAUUAGCUGCAGGUUUUGCUGAUGGAGAUGUUAUUCUAUGGAAUUGGGAGGAUUUUUCAUACAAAUGCAACUUAAAUGGACAUAAGUCAAAUGUUAGUCAUAUUCAAUUCAAUGAUGAUGGAACUCAAUUAAUUACUGGAAGUGGCGAUACAUCAAUAAUUGUUUGGGAUAUCUUAGGUGAAUAGCCUCUUUACAAAUUGGCAGGUCACAAGAAUGCAAUUACAGAUUUAUUUUAUUACAAAUAUUAAGAAAAUGAAUUUACUACUCACGAGUUUAUCUUAUCCACUUCAAAGGAUGGUCUUUUCAAGCUUUGGGAUAUGAGCAUUUCAAGCAGUGUGCAAACUAUUUCUUCAUUGAGCAAUGAAGUUUGGAAUAUGACAUUCUACAAGAAAGAGAAAACUAUUCUUUUAGGCACAAAUAAUGACGAAAUAGUCAUUCUUAAAUUUGCUCCUUCAUUUGAUCCAGUUACAAACCAAAAGAAAUUCAUCGAGCAUGUUGGAAACUAUAAAAAGCAAUCUUUCCAACGCCCUAUUUAGAUGGAAUUCAAUCAAAGCCAAGAAUAUCUCUUCUUAAUGACAAAUGACAAGACAGUUGAAAUUUACAAGAUUUUGAGUGAUGAAGAAAAUAAAAAGAAACAAAAAAGAAAGCAAAAAAAACUUAAAAAGAAAGAAGAGAAGAUGGAAAUCGAAGGUAAAGAAGAAGAGGAAGAAGUUGAAGGCGAAGAAUUAAUUAAAGAAUCUCUAUUCACAGAAAGAAUUUAAUACCAUACAACAUUCCAUUUCUAAAAGAAACUCCGUUCUUUCACUUUUUACAAUCAAGUAUAAAAGGGUAAAAGAAACCACAAUUUAUUCGCAGUUAGUUACCACAACAACAACAUGGAAUUGUAUGAGUUCUAAGUUAACUAAAACUCUUACUUAGAACAAAAGAUGAAUUAAGAUUACAAUAGAUUAGGUCAUAGAUAAGCUAUUAGAGCUUUGGCUGUUUCUGAUAAUGAUGCAUUGAUUGCAAGUGGUGGUGGUGAAAGUCUUAAAUUAUGGUCUUCUGAAGAUUUGUAAAGCGUUAGAACCUUCGAAACUGGUCAUAUAACUGCAGUCAGAUUUUUGCCAAGAAACAGAUUUUUCAUAGCAGCAGACAAAGAAGGCACCAUCUAUUUAGUUGAUAUCCCAAAAGGUGAUAUUAUUUAAACCAUAUAAAAUGCCCAUGAAGCUUCAAUCUGGAGUAUUGAUUAUCAUGAAAGUCCUCAUGGCUAUGAAAGUAUUGUAAUUAUCACUGGUGGUGCUGACAGAAAGCUAAAAUUCUGGGAAUUAAUCCUCAACAGUGAAACAAAGUUGCUUGAGUUAUAAGAACUAAAAACCUUAUAUAUGAGCGAAGAAGUAUUAUGUGCAAAAUUCGCACCUAACGGAUAUCACUAUGCUGUUUCUUUACUUGAUUAGAGCAUCAUUAUUAACUUCUCUGACUCUGAUAAACUAUUUUUGACUUUCUAUGGUCACAAACUUCCAGUUUUGAGCUUUGAUAUUUCUAGCGAUAACGCCUUGUUAUUAUCUGGCUCUGCUGAUAAAAAUGUUAAAUUAUGGGGUAUGGAUUAUGGUAAUUGUCAUAAAUCUAUAUUUGCUCAUCAAGAUGCAAUCACUUGUGUUAAGUUUGUUAAAGAUACUCAUUACUUUUUCACUGCUUCUAAGGACAGAACUGUCAAGUACUGGGAUGGUGAUACUUAUCAAUUAGUCAUGCAAUUCGAUGAAUGUCUCGGAGAAGUUUGGACUCUCGCUGUCAGCUCUAUUGGUGACUUUUUCGUUACUGGUAGUGGAGAUAGACUUAUUAGAAUGUGGAAACAAAACAAAGACUAAGUUUUCGUUCAAGAAGAAGAAGAAAAGAGAAUGGAAAAAAUGAUGAUCGAAGACUAUACUGAAGAAUAGCUUAAAAGGGAAGGAGAAGAAAGUCACAAACAGAUUUUACAAAAACAAAAUAUGGAAGUUGGUGAAGUCAUUAAAAAGAAAUUUGAAAAUCUAAAGUAUGGUGAAGAAAUUAUGGCUGCUAUUGAUUAAGCUGAAGAAUUAAGAGACCAAUACGUAGACUAUGAAAAUUAAUUAGUUUAUUAUGAAAAGAAUAAACACAUUUUAAAAGAAUUGAAAGAACCUGAAAAGCCUAACUUGCAAACUCUUUAAAAUCUUUCCAUCCCAGAAUACGUUCUGUUUGUCAUUGGAAAAAUUAAAACAAUUGAACUUGAAAACUCUCUCAAAUUCGUGCAUGUGAGCUACAUUGAAAAGAUUCUUUACUAUCUCAACUUUUACGUAGAAAACAACAUAAAUACUGAAUUAGCCUCCAGAAUCCUCUUCUUUAUUCUCAAAUCUCAUGAAACACACAUUCUCAAUUCUAAAAAGCUCGUUAAAUUACUUAUUAAUAUACAAAAACACCUCAGAUAAAACAUCUCAAAAGAAAGAGACACCAUAGGUAUGAAUCUCUGUGGUAUCUAAAUGAUCCAAAACGAUCUCAAAUCCCGUAAAACUGACGACAUAUUCUCUGAUGAUAUCUUCUCUAAGCGUUCUACUCUCUUCUGA